AUGUCCCCUCCUCGUUCCCGGCGUGCCCCGCGCCGCCGCUCCCCGCCGCGGGUCGCAGCCGCCGCCAUGAGCGCCGCCAUGGCGGUCGCCGGGCAACGCGUGCUGGGCUGGGGGGCCCGCGCCGCCGCCCUGUGCCGCGGGCUCCGCACCGGCCUCCCGAGGCUGCAGGACACGGCGGGGGCGGCUGCCAAGGAGACGGAGAAGCAGAGCGCGACCGAGCAGAGCUCUUCAAUCCUGCAGAGGAACUCCAUGAGAUGGGAUGGCAAGGUUUAUGAAGAGGUCCCGAUAGCUCACAUCAAAGCAACGUACAACAACACCCACAUCCAGGUGGUGAGCUUUGACAACCAGCCUUUUUCCCGCACAUCCUGCGGCACAGAGGGCUUCCAGAACGCCAAGAAGGGCACUGCCAUCGCAGCACAGACUGCAGCCAUGGCAGCAGCAGUGAAAGCACGUACGAAGGGUGUAUUGCACGUGCGAGUCAUGGUGAAAGGACUGGGACCAGGACGCAAAGCUGCCAUCAAGGGGCUGACCAUGGGAGGUUUGGAGGUCAUCUCCAUCACUGACAACACCCCAGUCCCCCACAACGGCUGCCGCCCACGGAAAGCCAGGAGACUGUGAGGGCAGUGCAAGGGACACCCAGCUUUCAGAAUCAGUUCAUCAGGGACUGAGUUGAAUAUUGCUUCUGUGACAGAUUCUGGAAGGCCACCCUCCCUGGAAGUUCUUGUUUAGGGAAGCUUGGAGAGGCCAUGCUGAGCCUUAAAAAUGCAGGAGGUAGAAGCUGCUGGUGAAAGCAGGAAUCCGUGUAUUCCCUUAGUGGGAAGCCUCUUGUGUACAAAGUUUGUUGAUUAAAAUGUUGGUCUUUUGACAGCCAU